GUUUUUUAGCAUUUUUCAGAGAAAUGAACAGAGAGAGCAUCAGGUAGAAUACCAACGUAAUAGGCCACACCUUUAUAAGUUAUUGAUGUUUUUACUUCAUUGCCAUUGAUUGCAUCGAUAUCGUUAUCAUGACGUGAUUAUGAAUGAAUUAUUCUCAUGCACGUUUGCUAUUGACAUUGACACCUUCAACUAGAUGUAACUAUUGACUGCAAGACAAAAAGAGAGAUGUGUGACAGUCGAAGGUGAUCCUGCAAGACAUGCUGCAAAUCCGGGAUGAGUUCGCGAUUAGCCGCAAAGGUAAAGCGACGAAUUUCACCUCAGAUCUUUCCAUAAGGAAAGUAUUGUACCAUAUUAUGCUAUGAGUAUAUGAAGAUUUAUUGAAGAAGAUUUCUAACUGAAAGGCUAUAAAAGUGGUCUAUGAAGGGAGGACGUAAAAAUAUAUGUACAUAUAUAAUUUUUUUUUUAAUUUUAGUAUAAGAUAAUAAUGUUUCAAUAACAAUUGAUGUGUAAAAAGAUAUUUUCAAAUACGAUCGAACAUAUUACAACAAAUAAUAACCUUUUACAAAAACAUUUCUUAAAGAUAUUUGGCAAAAACACUAUACCCAAUUAUAUCCAAGAGCUAUGUGUUGGUGACGAUUCUAUUGAAAGUAAUAUGUUUUACUAUAACAGAGUUUGGUCAAAAACUUUGCUUCGAGAAAGUAUAGUAGGUUUCAAUUUGAUAUCUACAUAUAACACAAAAUCAAUGGACCAAAUAUUUGCUUCUACCUUUGCUACACAUAUUGUAUUACAAAUACGUUAUAAGGUUAAAAAUUUACUCUAUUAUAUUAAUUUGACACCACGAUGCACUAAGUUGUAGUUACGCGUACACAAUGCAUUUGAAACGUCGAUUAAAAACAUGAUUUUCCAUAAAAUCUGAAAGUUCUCAGAUAUUUGAGAGGCAGAAUGUUAAAAGUCAGGUUUGAGAAGAGACGCAAUUUUUUUGAUUCUGGAUAAAAUUAAUGAACGAAAUAACUGGCUUUCAGUUGAAUUUAAUAUCGAAAGAUAUUAUUUUGCAUAAUUUUAGGCGAUGGGUAUAGAAAAUAGCUUUUGGAUCCGAUUUUAUACAAGAGAGCAAUUUUUCACAAAGGUAUUAUAACAGUGUUCAUUUAAUAUUGGCAAAAAAAUAAUUUUGAAUUAAUUUUUUUCAAAUAACCAUUAUAUCUUUUGUGAGCGUUUGUUGUAGAAUUCAUUUGCAUAUAUAAUAUAAUAUUUGGAGUCCCACCGAUGUGAACCGAUAUCAGACAACAUAUUUGACGUCGGUAUCGAUUCUUAUGACUGAUACACAUAGAACUUUUGUUUCGCUUUGCGUCAGGCAUUUCAUUUGACAGAAAAGCUCGAUGCGCUUGUGUGAGUACGUUCACAUCGAACCGGAACGCGGCAAGGCGAAGCUAAAUGUAGGGAAACUCUCAUCUUUAUAGGCUUCUCCCAGCAACAGUCACCAGUUAUUAGAGAGAAACAUUGAAAGCAAAGAACUCAAUAUUUGCUUCUGACUACACACACAUACAUAAGCCUCUGUCUUUAUUCUUUUAAUUUCGAUCCUGAUGAUUAUGGAGCAAUAAUUUCAAUGCUAAAAGAUAGGUUAACAGUAGCAAAGUAUGCGAAUUAAUGUCAAUGUUGAAUAACGUUCAAACUCGACUGCUUCAGAUUUCAAGCUCUGAAAUUCCUAUUUCAAACCUCGAAUUCGUCUGUAACAGCUACGACAAAUAUACGAAUUCUGGUCUUUGAAGCAUUUUCUUAGAAUACAAUACAUAGAUAUAUACGGGUUGAAGGCAACAACAUUAUUUAUAUACAUCAAGGUUACUCUCAUCGUUUAUCAGUUACAAAUAUUUCACAAUGCAUUCCCUACAUUGGUUAAACAAAACUGAAGUAUGUGUUUACAUAGCACAAGAAUAUAGCAUAUAGAUAUUAUCGAACCCUUCCAUUUAAAAUGCCAGCCACAUUUAUAUAAAUGCAGAAGAUUAUAAGAUAAUCAUUAGUAGCACUUGCGACGACACCAAAGAACAUUAAGUCAAUUGGCAAAUUUGUUAAAAUACGGUCAAGAAAAUAUUAUUUUGUACAGUGUUUCAGUUAAACAUGCAGCUGCUGACGUUUUUUUGGUUAUGGAUCGGAUUAACUGUUGCUCUUAAUGAAAUGGUUGAACAACCGAUAAAACAUCCCGAUUGCCCAUUGAUUGACGAUCCAAUGCAUCCUGUACAAUUGCCCCACCCAACCAACUGCAGAAAAUACUACACUUGCAAAAAUAGAUAUGCUUACGCAAUGUUAUGCGAGAAUGGACUUCAAUGGAAUAUUCUGACAUAUCGCUGUGAUUUUCCCUCAGUUACAAAAUGUUCCACUAGCAUUCCUGAUUCGACAUAUCCAACAAAUCCAACCGAAAGCAGCGCAUAUCCCACAUUGGAAAAAUCUUUUUUCACAUCAGACUCUGCAGACUGCAACAAGUUCUACAAGUGCAUCUCAAUGCGUUGUCCUUCUUACAUGUAUUGGAAUUCUUUGCUAGAGCGAUGCGAUUUACCACAAAAUGGGGACUGCAAAAAUUCGCCACAGAUAUGGACACUUCCUCCAUAUAUUGAUAAUUCCAUACCGACCGCUGCAACUCCUCCAACAGCAGCACAAGGGGAUCGAGGGCCACCUUCAUAUAAUCCAGAAUAUGACACUGAUACCACCAAUUUCUUACCUCUAUGCAAUACACCCGGAGUUGAUUACGUAAGACAUCCUUUUGACUGUCAUAAAUUUAUACAAUGCGAUGGCUUUGCAACGGUCCAAACCUGUGGGAACGGUCUUUUCUGGAACUCAGAGGUAAUGGCCUGUGAUCGUUACUGCAAAUAGGAUUAUUCCUAAAUAUGUUUGAGCCUCUGCAUUCAUUUUUUUCUUGUCUAUAAAUGCAUAUUUUAAUAAAUAUUCUUCUUCAUUUGUAUCUAUGUAUUCGUAACAUGAGCUGAGUCCUUGAUAUUUUUGGUUUGUUUCCGACAUGCACAACGUUAUAUUAAAUGGGAAAUUUAUACGACUGAUCAUGAAAAAUUUUACCUUAUAAAAGGUUAUCCGCAUUCAGCCUUCAUAUCAAUAUCGAUAUAAUUAAAAAUGUUCAGUGGGCGUGUAAAGUGUGAUGGGUAUGGGCAUCCGAUGUUAAUUGGCGUCAUAAAUAAAGCGUAAGUAGAACGAAGCAAUAUCUGAAUUGAUGAUCCUCACAUGCUACCUCUGAUCUCCUACUCCCUUUUAACCACUCUGGAGCACUCACAGAUAGGAAAAAGUGAAUCAUCAGGUUACAAAUGCGGUUCAAUUAGCAUUGUGUUGCCCAAGAACAGGACCAUAUCCUCCACCUUUCCUUAGAGGAAAGUACGAAAUCGAUCAAAAAAAUGUAAUUAUAUGCUUAAGAAGACUUGAUUUAAAGUGCUUUUAGAAAUAGUAAAAAAUAGCCUAACACUGCAAAAAGACUCUCUUGUGUAUAAUAAAGUCCUUAUACAGAAUGUAGACAAGUUCGGACAUCAUCUACGUCUGCAUUCCAUAUAAUGCCGAUUUGAGUUCAAAAAAAUCAUCUGGCAAUGCGUGGAACAAGUAAACCUCGAAAUAUUAGUACGAGUUCUGAGUAUAUUGAUAUUUUGCGUUUUCGUCUCCUAUUAAAAGCACGUACACACCAUCCCAAUAUCAGCAAUAUAUGGAAAAGUAAUCAUUCCCAAAUAUGUAGUUUUGGUUGUAAAUUUAUCGCUAUUAUCAGAUUAUUUGUGAACAAUACUUGAUUGCUUUAAAUUACUCAGCAUAUACACGCAUAUUCUUACAUACAUACAUUCUCUUACAUACAGUUAUUUGAAAAUAUUUUUUCUAAGAUGUUUUUUGGCCGAGCUUUUUUUACCUUAAAUAUACAUUUUGAUUUUAUCCUUCAAAAGAAGGACCUGGAUGUGUAUAUGGCAACGAAUGAGCUACUUCACUUCUAACCGAAUAUUCAUGGAACUGUAGUCAGAACUUUGACUUGGUUUUUUUUAUUAUUCUAGACACCACACGAACUAUCAAACGACCAGAUGUUAAACACGCCCUCAACCUCAUACCAAUUUUGGUUACGACUUAGCUUAUAAAUAUGUAUUAA